GAAAAAGAGGAUCUACAUCUAAAAAUCAAUAAAACAGGCAGGGUGUAGUGUGUCUGUGUCUGUCUGGUCGUGUGAAGUCCUAUGAUCAUGAGGGCAUAAGGCUGUACCCAGAGAGGCUGCCUUUGUCGCUGGGAGCCAUUACACGGGGCCUUCUUUCCCUGUCAGCUUCCAGAAACAACCCACAGUUUCGGAGAUCGAAGAUGCCCCGCGCUAGCCUGCACCCAUCCAUCCCACAGCCCAGGGGCAUGAGGGCCCAGAAGACGGCUUUGGUCCUGUUGGUUGUCUGCCUGGCAGCCCUUUGGAGGCUGGGGGGGCCACCAGACCUCACCCUCCAGUGCCUGGUGCUCCAUCUGGCCUCCCUGCAGCUGGGACUGCUGUUCACCAGGGUCUGCCGUCUGACUGAGGAGCUGUGUCACCUCCACACCAGGUACCAGGGCAGCUACUGGAGGGCGAUGUGGGCUUGCGUGGGCUGCCCUGUUCGCAGUGGGGCUCUGCUGCUGCUCUCCUGUUAUUUCUACGGCACCCUCCCCAACACAGCUGACCUGCCCUCCGCUUGGAUGCUUACCCUCCUGGGCCUCUCACAGGCACUGAACAUCCUCCUGGACCUCCAGGGCCUAGCCCCAGCUGAGGUCUCUGCAGUCUGUGAAAAAAGGAAUUUCAACGUGGCCCAUGGGCUGGCAUGGUCAUAUUACAUUGGGUACCUGAGGCUGAUCCUGCCAGGGCUCCCGGCCCGGAUACGGACAUGCAACCAGCUGCACAACAACACGCUACGGGGCACAGGGAGCCAUCGGCUAUACAUCCUCUUCCCGUUGGACUGCGGGGUGCCUGAUGACCUGAGUGUGGCCGACCCCAACAUUCGCUUCCUGUGUAAGCUGCCCCAGCAAAGUGCCGACCGUGCUGGCAUCAAGGACCGGGUUUACACCAACAGUGUCUAUGAGCUUCUGGAAAAUGGGCAACAGGCAGGCUUCUGUGUGCUGGAGUAUGCCACCCCCUUGCAGACCCUUUUCGCCAUGUCACAGGAUGGCCGGGCUGGCUUUAGCCGGGAGGAUCGGCUUGAACAGGCCAAGCUCUUCUGCCGAACACUUGAAGACAUCCUGGCAGAUGCCCCCGAGUGUCAGAACAACUGUCGCCUCAUUGUCUACCAGGAACCCACAGAGGGAAGCAGCUUCUCCCUGUCACAGGAGAUUCUCCGGCACCUGCGGCAGGAGGACAGGGAGGUCACUAUGAGCAGCGUGGGGACCUCGAUGGUACACAAUCCCUCCACGCUGUCCCAAGAGCCCAAUCUCCUCAUCAGUGGUAUGGAACAGCCUCUCCCACUCCGCACGGAUGUCUUCUGAAGCCCAGGGUUACCUGGCCUGAGCUCCCAAUGCUCCCUCUUGGAUUCCCAAGAGUUCAGGUUGAAGGGCUUUCUUCAGCAGCUGAAUGCCCAGGAGAACCAUUUCCUCCCACAAGGGCCCUCUCAGAGACAGUCCCUGAACUUAACAUCUCAAGAUGAAUCCUAGGACUUUGGGCAAAUUAUUUUACCUUUCUGAACCUCAGUGUGCUUAUCUAUGAAACAGGAUUAUAAUCAUUGCCCCACCUACCUCACAGGGUUGUGAGGACUAUAACUCUCUGGAACUUUUCUGUAAACUCUAUGUGCCAGGUAAAUUUAAGGGGCACAUCAGGUGUCUUCCAUUGGACGUUCUGGACUGUCUCUCUACCCCUCUCUGCCUCCUCUGCCCUGGGAUGGCAUCACCAGGCUCCCUUGCUCUCUGGAUUCUGGUCAUGCUCAGUCCAUGAAGAGCCCCAGUAGGAGAAGAGAGGGAAGGAGGAGGGUGAGAUUGGGGUAGUUACUCCCCCAGAUCCCCUGCAGUAUCAGGAUCACUGUGGGUCCUAUGCAUCUCUGAUGUAAAGUCAUGGCUCUGCUCAUGCUCUCAGUAACCUUAUCUAUCCCCAAGUACCAUUACCUGCCCCUUCCCAAUGCUGCUCAAGCCUAGCAGUGGCCCUGGUUUCCUGCUAAUGUCCCUUGAGGCUUCCUUAUACCCGCCCUUUCUGAACAGCUCCCCUUUUAAACACUCCUCAGAUUACUUAUUUGAGCAUGCCAUCUUUCUCUGGCUGGACUCUGAUAUAAGCGAUUGGCAUUUAUUAUCUGAAAUGUCCAAAUCCAUUUGCAUAGACAUACUUCCUUAUACCCCUCCUUAUUUUAGGACAGGGUGGUAGGUAUCCUUUCACUGUGAAUGGAGCCCAGCGCUCAGGCUGAGGGCAUGGAAGGUAGUUCACCCCAUGACAUCUGCCUACCCUUUCAGAAGGGCCCUUGACUCUAGUGGGAGGGGGCUUGGGGAAUACAGAGCAGCCUGCGCAGGUGUGCAAAUGCCAUGAGGGGUACACAGCUGUAUCCUGGGCAAGGGGCUGCUUGAAGGAGUAGGGAGCACUGAAUGAAUGUCCCCAGAUGAUAGAGCCUGACAAGGAAUAAGGGUGGGGGGAGAAAAACGUUUGUGUGAGGAGACGGGAUACACUCUGAGGGACCUUGGACAACACAGCCAAGCACCUGCUGUAUCUUAUGCCAUCACUGCUAGAACUGAGCCAUUGCAACAAAACACUGUAGUGGCAAAAUUGCCCCUAUCUGGGAAGGCAGGCAGCCCAUUUCUACCAGUUCCAUCUGUUCUACUCAGGACUUGUUCCCUACCUCCCACCUCUGUUUUUUGUUGUUGUUGUUGUUGUUAAUUUUUUAAAUUAAUCUCUACACCCAA